AAUUAAUACUCCAUUUUAGCCAAAUCCAGAGAUCAUAUUAUUAAUUACUUCCCACAGAAAAAGGAAAAAAAUCCCAUAAAAGUAAUGGGAAAUCAGUUUUCUUGCCGGAGUGUUGGCGUUAGUGAACAGAUACAGGCGGUUUCCUGCAAGGUGCUCCUCCCCGGCGGGGAACUCCGGCUGCUCCGGGAACCGGUCAAGGCGGCGGAGAUCAUGCUCGAGCACCCGGCCCACUUCCUCGUCAACGCCGGGUCACUCGUCGCCGGGAGGAGAUUCUCCGCCCUCGCGGCGGACGACGACCUGGCGUUCGGGAACGCCUACGUCGUGUUCCCGAUGAAGUGGCUGGGCUCGGUGAUCACGGCCGAAGACGUGUCGGUGCUCGUCCGGACCGCGGCGGCGAAAAGGGCUUGUUCCGGGAGCGCGGGGAAGGUGUCUCCGGCGGAUGGGUCGCCGGUAAAUGACGUGGACCGACUCGGCGCGGCGGCGGAGUAUCGGCAGCACAGGUUGUCUUCUUGUAGGUCCAAGAAGCCUUUGUUGGAAACAAUUGUGGAAGAACCUGACCGUAUACGUGGCAGACGAUAAGGCAAAUCUUUUUUCUUUUUCCUUUUUCCAUAUCCUGGCACAAAUUUAGCAUGCUUUAGUUUAGCACAAAAUUAGCUUAAUUCUUUCUCCCUUCCCAUUUAAUCUUAUCUAUUCAAAUUACUUCCUAAAAUAUACCGUAGUUCUAUAGUUUCUUUGAACACUAAUAAUUCUGAUCAAUUUAUUGAAAUUUGAAUUACUAUCUCUUUUUCUUUCUCUCCAUUUUUUCAUCUUUAUCCAAAUAAUUAAAGCAUAAACGAUGCGCUAAUUGUGUAUUAAUUUCUGGCGGAAUAUGUGCUUAAAUUAAUUAAGAUCAAAUUUUGUUAUGAAGUCCAAAUAGUUAAAAGACCAGCCUUGCAAGAUUUUUUUGAAUAAUAAACAUAAAAAUCUUGCAAGAUUAAGAUUGCCUAGCUUGCUAGCAGGGCAAUGAAAUCUUUAAUUAUGGCCAAAAAAUGUGUAACAAGUUAGAGAAGAGGCUUGAUAUAUGAGAGAAGAGACCCCUUUCUUUUUAGGUAAUUUUCCAAGCUCAGAGAAUCCCAGGAUAAGGUUCAAUUUUUUUCUUGGAGUAUUUCUUCAGAAAGCAUUUCAACAAAAUGCUGAGAGGAGAGUCUGUGGAUUAGGAGGUAGGAACCAAUUC